GGUGUCCCAUGGAGAUGGUUGGUUUGUUCAUUCAAAUCACCUCUGAGUCGCUUUGCUGCUCUAUGAUAUUUAUUAGCCGUGUUGCAACACCACAUGGAACAUUCAAUUUGGUUUUAUUUGGCUGCAUGCAGCGCUUUGCUUACGGGAUGUGUGUUGCAGGCCACGCUAGCAGGUGCUAAACAGAGCGCUGACCAGGCACGUGCGCACCUGAAUCGCUGCUCCGCGCGCGCGUGUCCGGACCAAGAUGUUGACUUUCAGAAGACUUUGUCACAGGUUCACGCACCUGGCAAAAGCAGCGGCGCGAAGGCAAUACAUGGAGUAUGACAAAGGGUGCACAGUCACCAGAGGCACAGCGACGGUGAAGACUUCCCUUCCAGGCAGGAAGUCACAGGAAGGCCCAAGUGAGUGUUUGAGUGUGCAUCAUGUUUGGGUGGAGCACUUCGCUGUGUCCUCAUCGCAGCGUGCGCGUCGUGGAAGAGCUCUGCUCCCAGUCCGGUGUGUGGUCGGCGCCGCCAUGGCCAAAAGGGGCAAUGCGUUAGGGAUUCCUGCUGGCAUCAUGAUCCAGGCAGUGUCAGAUGGAGAGUUGAACAUGUCCGCACGAGGCUGCGGCGGCAGCAGCUCCAGCCUUCCUGGGACUCCAGGCGGGGAGUCGGGCCCCGCCAACGGCGUGCUGAGCUGGGCCGUGUCCUUCGAGAAGCUGCUGGAGGACCCCUGUGGGGUCUCCUACUUCACGGCCUUCUUGAAAUCCGAGGUGAGCGACGAGAACAUUUUAUUCUGGCAAGACUGCGAGAAGUUCAGGAAGAUUCCAGCCGAGUCGUCGGACAAGCUGAAAGCUGCAGCCCAGACCAUCUACAACACCUACCUGUCUGACAGUGCUCCCUACUCGGUCAACAUCGACGACACGGCCAAGACGGAGAAGAAGGACCUGGAGAAGCCCACGCCUGACAUGUUCAACAAGGCUCAAGCACAGAUAUUCAAGCUGAUGAAGAUGGACAGCUACAGGCGCUUCGUGCGCUCUCCUCUGUACCAGAGUUGCACUUUGGCAGGUGUGGAAGGCAAACUCCUACCUCAGUUCUCUAAUGAGCCGCUCCACACUGGAUCAUGGGAGGACGUGGCCGACAAAAGCCCCUCAUUCAGCAGCAAAAAGAACAAGAAGUCCGACUCGAACAGCCUGCCAGGUGGGAAGAGUGCCUCGGAGAAACAGGAGCACAAAAGAGGAUCCUGGGGAGAUAUGUCCAACACCCACGGCUCAGCCUCCGGAAAAGAGUCCCACAUGGCAGUGAAGUCGACCAGCAGCGUGGAGCUGGGCGCCCUCUACAGGCACAUGGAGAACGGCAGGUCGAGCCCUCGCUCUCCUGAUAAGCCUGGUGGCAACCGCGUGGCGUUCGAGGGGGGCUACUGCUGCGUGUACCUACCCGACGGCAGCGCCUCCCUCGCCCCCACGCCUGCCGGCCAGCCCAUCAGGGGCAUGCUGGCAAGCCUGUGUGAGAAGAGGGGUUUCCCACUCAAAGACGUCGUCAUCUACCUUCAAGGCAAGGACAAGCCCCUGUCUCUGGACCAGGACUGCUCUGUGCUCAGAGACCAGCAGGUCCUUCUGGAGCUCAGAGUGACAUUUGCGCUGGACGUUGCCUUUACUGGUAAGACGACAGGGAUUGUGGCAAAGUCUAGCAAGACCCUGCAGGAGGCUCUGUCUUCUGUGCUGCAGAAGCACCAUCUUAAGCCACAGGACACUGUGGUUACUAUGGUUGGGAGCAAUGAGCCUGUGAACAUGAGCGGUAAUGUCUUCAGACUGGCCAAUAAGACGCUGCGGCUGGAUAAAAGCAAAGGAAAAGACCAAAGCAGCACCUCCAAAGGCAGUGGUUCUGCAGCAGCGUCACAGGCAGGAACGGCGAGUGGAGGAGGACUAGAGGCCCGACCGCCAUCACAAUCGGACAGAACCAAGACUCAGCCCAAGCCCAGUAAGAACCGCGACAUGGAUGGGUUUCUGGACAUGCUGACGAGGGCCCAGUGCUGCAGGGUGGACGACCAGCGAGGCCUCCUGACCAAGGAGCAGCUGGAGGUCCCGUCGUUCCUGCAGCUGCCCCCGGAGAAGGAGCCGAGCGCGGAGCCGAAAGAGGAGCCCGGUACCAGCGGCUCCUCUCCCCCAGAACCCAAAGAAGAAUCCGAGAGCAAAACAUCAGAGGCUUCAAAAGCAGCCGACGUGGCGAAGAAGCCCGCAGACUCUGCUGAACCCAAAUCUAAAGACUUAAAGGAAACAACAGUUUGAGAGACUUUUCCGUGUGGCAUGGACAGAAACAUGAUUAGAAACUCAUGGUCCCAGUCGUGUCAAAAGACCAAAACUAAUUUUAGACCCGAAUCGUCAAGCACUUUUUAAAACGGUUUACUAAUAAGCUCAGAGGCAGCAGUGUGCUACCUUCUCUGCUACUCAUACUUUGCCUCUUGGUGGGGAAAAAUGUAAAGAUGAAAUUUGUAGCAAGCAUUUACAGUGUCACUGAAAACACUACACAUGUUAAUGUGAAAAUGUUUGCUAUGAAUUGUUUAACGUAGCCGAGAAAAUGGCGCUGGACCCUCACUGGAAUGGAUCGAAUCGCUUCUCGCUGACGUCUGAGCUCGCGUUGCUUCUAUUUCUUGCAUCCUGCUUCUCUUUGAACUCUAACCUCUGCACAGGAACUACUGACUGCCAGGAAGCGGUUUUUGUAGAAAAUUGCACACCUUUAAACUUGUAUUCUUCUUCUUACUGCUUUCAUUUUGUUCGCUCGCAUGCUGUUUUCAUACGUUUUUGUGUGUUUGUGGUGCUGGAAUGCACUUGGUUUGCCGUGAUGGCACUUUGAGAAGCUCCUGGUCACGUCCGGGUCACCUCAGAACAGAGGUAAUGGAGAACCGUGAUGGUUGAAAAAGUCUCGCAGGGUGUGUGUAAAGAAUUAAAGUGCUUUCUAUUA